CCCUCUCACCUCUCUGGAGGAUUACAAUCAGGAAACAAUUUCCUGGAGUUAUCGGUUUUAUGAAUUGGAUUAAGAAAGACAUCUGGAACUCUGGAGACAUGUGGGAGAGAAAUAAGCACUCAAAGAUGAUGGGAUAAAGGCUUCCAGCAGUGGUUUCUUCACAGCAGAAGAUCCUCUGGAGGUCUCUGAUGGACUCGCAGCAGGUGUGAGCUUCAUUUUCCUGUGAGGUCGAGGAGCACUGGGGGUAAAAACCUAAUGACACGGCUCUCAAAUUCCUCUCCAAUCUCUGCAGCACCUGCUCAUCACUGAAAUUGCUUUCCAUCCUCUAAGUUUACAACUUCAAAGCUGAGAGCAAUCAUCUAUAGAGACAUUGUUUGUCUAUAUUCAAAACACAUUGCAGGCUUGUAAUUAUGCCCUCACUCUUAUUAUCUCUGUUUCUCCUGCUGCACGACUGAGAGGGAGCAGGAGAGUGUUAGGAGGAGUUUUUUCUUCUUUUUCAGAUUAGAGAAGGUAGACGAGGGAGAGAGGAAGGCAAAGGGGGAGGGAGAGAUAAACAGAGGCAGCUUUAGGCGAUAAACACGUCCUGUCCAGAGGCGUCUCUCUUCUAAACGUCAGAGCUGGUUGGGACUCUUAAACAAAAGGGUGAACAGUCAGAGGGACGAGGAGAAACACUGUUUUAGUCUGGAAACACUGGAGGAACAUAAGGGGAAACGUGUGCAGCUGACUGUUCUUGAGUUUUCAUUUGAACAGAAGAAGAAACAGGAGCACCAUCAUGGCCUCAGACGUCUCCUACAGCUUCUCUUGUCUCUGCAGAAAGAUGAAACAGCAGCACAUUCAGACCCUCUCCAACUCCAGGCCCCAUCGGCCUCUCCUCCACCCGAAGACCCUCCUCCUCCUGCCCCUGCUGCUCCUGCUCGUCCUCUCCUUGUGGAGCCAGCAGGCCGAGGCUGUGGUCCACUCCAGCUUCAGGAGGCUCAGCGGACGUGAGAAGAAGGAGAUGCAGAAAGAGAUCCUCUCCAUCCUGGGUCUACCGGGGAGACCCAGACCCCAUCCGCCGCUACGCCCGCCUUCCUCUGCACCGCUCUUCAUGCUGGACCUGUACCACGCCAUGUCGGCCGACGGGGAGGAUGAUGGGAAUGAGAUCAUUGUGAACGGACCGGGCAUGGGGAGGUUUGGAGGGGCUGAGAGGUUGAGUCAGGUCAGCUAUGCGGCCCUGCCCACCCUCAGCACACACACACCUCCACUGGGGACAGUGGUCAGUGAGGCCGACACGGUGAUGAGCUUUGUCAACCUGGUGGAGCAGGAGCGAGACCUCCUGCAGCCUCGUCCAUACUGGAAAGAGUUUCGUUUCGACUUGACUCCCCUUCCUCAGGGUGAGACGGUGACAGCAGCAGAGUUUCGAAUCUACAAAACUCUGACAGUGGGCCAGAGAGCCAACAGGACGCUGCACAUCUCGGUCUACGAGAUCCAACGAGAGAACAGACACAGAGAGCCUGAGCUGGUGCUGCUGGACAUACAGUCUGUUCCAGCAGGCCAGGAGGGUUGGCUGGCUUUUGAUGUAACGUCAGCCUCCAAUCACUGGCUCCUCCACCCACGCAGCAACAUGGGCAUCCGUCUCUAUGUGGAGACAGAGGAGGACCGCUCCCUGUCUGCAGGCUGGAUCGGGUUGGUGGGACGCCGGGGUCCUCGCUCAAAACAGCCCUUCAUGGUGACCUUCUUCAGGGAGAGCCAGAUCCCGUGUCGACCGCCUCGAGCCGUCAAACCACAUCCACGCAGGAAGAAACCAAAAUAUGAUCUCCCUGUACCGAGCAUCCACAAUCGGAGUCCUGCCAACAAUGGAGGUCAGCCGUGUAAAAAACAUGAACUCUACGUCAGCUUCAGUGACCUGGGAUGGAAGGACUGGGUUUUGGCCCCAACUGGAUACUCAGCGUAUUACUGUGAUGGAGAGUGUUUUUAUCCUCUGGGAUCCUGCAUGAACGCAACAAACCACGCACUCAUACAGCAAGUGGUCCACCUACUAAAGCCUGACGAGGUUCCCAAAGCGUGUUGUGCACCCACCAAGCUCAGCCCCAUCUCCGUCCUUUUCUAUGACGACAACAACAACGUGAUCCUCAAGAAGCACAGAAACAUGGUGGUGAAGACUUGUGGGUGUCUAUGAGUGGAAAAGAUCUUUCGCUUUAGACCAGACACAAAGAAGAGUCCAAUCUAAGCUGGCAUGACCCUUCUACAGUUAAAGUGUUCUGCAAAAAGGCUGGAAUACAGUUCAGCCUAAUCUUAACUGGUCCAUGUGGAUGUGAUCUGUGGCUGCAUUCACACUGCAGGCAAAGGUGACCCAAAUCAUUUUUUUACUUACGUUUUUUCAUGGUAGUGAGAACAGCAUAAGUCACUGAAAUCCAGGCUUUUCACUUUAUCACACUGAUCCAUUAAAGUGAAUAGAGUUUGGUACAGGCCAUACUUUAAAAAGUAAUGUCAACAAACAUAAUUUGAACUGAGCAUUAAGGCUUGCAGUGUGAAUGCAGUAAAUCUGUCAGACUUAAUCUAUAUUAAAUCAGCACUUCUGUUCAGAAACGUUUUAUCAUUUUUAAAAACAGCAUUUGUGCUGGUUUAUGUGGAAAGAUUCUGCAUAAGUGUGACAUAUUGUUCACUCUAAAAGGACCUAGAGCUAAUCUGAGAGCUUCAUUAAAGUUUAUUGAUAUGGUUUGCCUUUCCACAGGUACACUGUGUAAUUUUUCAAGACAACAGCGGUUUUUAAAGAGUGAGGUCAGCUGUGUGAGAAACAUGAACUUUCCAUCAGCUUCUGUGACCUGAAUAAUGAAUCUGAUAAAUUAAUUCCCCUUUAAUGGUCAACAGAUCUAAAUGGCAAAUGAUAUUGAAUGGCAAAACAUGCCAUUAGUGAUGCCUGUUUUGUUUGAUGCCUUCACUUUUCUUGCA